AUGGCAGCAGCAUUUAAGUUCAUUUACGACAAUGCCCACCAUAUUGGUGGUGAUCGCUCACGCAUUACCGCUUGGGGUUUAAGUGCAGGAGGUAGUGCUGUCGGUCAACUUGCUCUUAGUCCUAUCUCAAGAGAUUAUAUCGCGGGAUCAAUCGAGAUGUCCGGUUCGCCGUGGGCCUAUUGGGCCCUGGGAUCGACAGUAGCUAAUGAAUCACUCAAACUCGCUGAGGUAAAGUUAAGCUAA